AGGGUCCCAGGGCGCACGCGCAGGGCUCCUCCAGGCCGCGCGAAAGGGCGCGCGGCUGCUGCGGUCCCCCUCCCCCACUUCUCGCAGCGCACGGCAGGAACCCGUCGUCCGGGCUGCUUCGCCUGCUGCGGUCCGUCGUCGUGAUGGAUUCUCCGUGGGAUGAGCUGACCCUUGCCUUUUCUCGCACGUCUAUGUUCCCCUUUUUUGAUAUCGCCCACUACCUGGUGUCCGUGAUGGCGCUGAAGCGUCAGCCGGGAGCUGCGGCAAUGGCAUGGAAGAAUCCUCUUUCAAGCUGGUUUACUGCUAUGCUCCAUUGCUUUGGUGGAGGAAUUUUAUCCUGUGUAUUGCUUGCAGAGCCUCCGUUGAGGUUUCUUGCAAACAACACUAAUAUAUUACUGGCAUCUUCAAUCUGGUAUAUUAUAUUUUUUUGCCCAUGUGACCUAGUUUCCCAGGGCUAUUCUUUCCUACCUGUUCAACUCUUGGCUGCGGGAAUGAAGGAAGUGACCAGAACUUGGAAAAUAGUAGGUGGAGUCACACAUGCUAAUAGCUAUUACAAAAAUGGCUGGAUAGUCAUGAUAGCUAUUGGAUGGGCUCGAGGUGCAGGUGGUAGCAUUAUCACGAAUUUUGAACAGUUGGUAAAAGGAGGUUGGAAACCAGAAGCUGAUGAAUGGCUGAAGAUGUCCUACACUGCGAAGGUAACCCUACUGGGGUCAGUUAUCUUCACUUUCCAGCACACGAAGCAUCUGGCGGUAUCAAGGCAUAACCUUAUGUUCCUUUAUACCAUGUUUCUUGUGGCCACAAAGAUAACCAUGAUGAUUACAGAGAAUGGUACUGUGCCUUUUGCUUCUUUCGAGGAUACAGUGAGUCGGAUGCUGUUUGGCUGGCAGCAGCAAUUUUCAUCAUGUGAAAAGAAAAGUGAAACAAAAUCAUCUUUUAAUGGUACUGGCUCAUCGACCUCAAAACCUAUAGCUGAUGCUUCAGAUACUGUUAAAAAGAAACAUACUAAGAAGACUGAGUAAAUUUAUUUUAUGAGCUCUAAAGGCAGAAAUUUUUUUUCUUACCUACCUGUCUGAUUGUGAUAAAAUUUCUAUGUAAAUGAUGUGAAAUAAAGAUUAUAUAUAAGGAAUGGAGGUGACAAAAAGAAAGAACUUCUUUCUGUUUGAGGGAGAUUGUCUCUUUCUGGAUUGUAAUUCGUGAGUGUUAUGAGUAUAUCAUGUGAAAUUGUUUUCCUAAGUUAUAUAUAAAAGAUUCUGUUGUGAUUAUUUUAAUAAUUUUAUAUUGAUAAAGGGGACUAGAUUUUUUCCCUAAUGUUAGAAAAAGUAAACUUACUAUCAUUGCAAAAUAGUAAAAAUUAAAGCCUUGGUUUUAUUUAGGUAUCUUCAUACACAUUUUUAAUUGAAUCUAUCUGAGCUUUAGUUCAGCAAAAUUAAAUUUACACUUAAUAUUACUAUUAUAAUUCCUAGAUAUGGAAUACAAUUUCUAUUGAACUUUGAGAACUGGGAAAAGUAAACCUUACCUAAACCACUUUAUAUUAGGAAUGAAAAUUCCUAAUUCCUAAUAGUUUUUAUUUCAGAUAUAAACAUUGUAUUUUUUAGCCCGUAUAAAGUGGAAAAUAUUUGAAAUUUAUUUAAUUUUUUAAACAGUAGUAUUUUUCAGCAAGAACAGAGUAUUGGUAUGAGUCUCAAUCUGAAGUCUAUUUCAUGCCCUUGUUUAUAGUGUUCCUUUUUCUCCAGAGAAAAUCAGGGGUACAAUUUUUAAUAAAUUACUAAGCCCAUGUUUUGCUUUGUAACUUUCAUUUUAGGAGCUUAUUUUUUUCUCUCUUAAAACACAUUCAUUUUAACUGUGAAAGAAAUUAUUGCCAGCAUUUUACAUAUUCUUAAUUUUUUUCUUUUCUUAGCUGGCCUGGAUACAUUGAUGGUAGUAUCUUUAAUGAUUCAGCAUUUCAGUUUAAAACUUUUCCCUUAUGUCUCCUUUCUAAUGGGUACUUUUCAGUUUUCUAGUUGGAUGUCUUCUUACUAAUUUGCAUAUGGUUGUUAUAUUUUAAUCUACAUGUAUGUAUAUUAUUUUAUUUUAAAUUAAAACUAAUUACCCUUAUGUGGAAAUGCUCAGUUCUAAUGAGAAUUGUCCUUGAGCAUUUGAUAUUAACCAGCUAACCAAGAAGAAACAUAAACUAAAACCUCAUAUGAAGAAUGAUGUUAAGUCUGUCCUUACUGGCAAAAAAAAAAAAAGAAGAAAGGGUCCUAAGUAAUGUUAAACUGUCUUGCUUUAUUUCAUAGCUUAAAAAUCUAGUUACAAUUUUAAAACACUUAGAAAAACAUGUUUUUUUCCAGCCAAGACAAUGACUCUACCUGCAAAGAGUUAGUAUGUACAUAAGUCAUUUGGGAAUGGCAUAGAAGUACUUAAAUCACACUGAAGUUAGAAAUUUUUUAAAAAAUGUUUUUUAAUAUAAACACCAGCAGGGUACUAUGCUUUUACUUGUUAAAUCAAAAAGAUUUUUUAGGGGGAGGACCUUUGAUAGCCUUGGGAUGCUAAGAAGUUUAUUUUCAGUAUUGUAUCAGAAAGCAUUAAAUAUUUGGGUUUUGUAUUAUAUUUGAUACUCUCGUAGUUAAAAACUUUUCAGAAUUAACAUGGUACUAAUUAUUGAAUUAGCUUUGAAGUGUGGGUUUAACUAUAGUUGAAAUGGUAGGAGUGUUGAUUUACACUUGUAUUAAAGACAAAUUUAUUAAAAUAAGUUAUUUAGCACCAA